UUGGAUAAAAGCUGCAGACAGGAAAGUAUUGAGGACGGAGAUAUUGGAGCGAAUGCAAAAGCAGUAUCGCAGUGCAUGCAGAAUUCGGAGCAACCUUCCAUCGCAGCUAAAGUCAGCAGAUUUGAUAUCAUCGAAGUCGUUGGCAGAACAUUUAUGCCAUACCCUGUGAGACGUGUCCGAUCUGCGAUUCGAAACCCUACACCGAAACCAAAGAUCCCGAAAACUAAUUGGUACUGCACCCCUGCCAACCGGUGCUGCAAAUCGGUAUGGCGAGCACCACAGCCAUGCUGUUAUAACGCUCCCUGUCGGGCUCACUGCUACAAUGUUGAACGUUUCUACAAUUACUGCCGGCGACCGAUGCGAAGUCCACUAUUGAACACAUACUGUUGUGGACCCUGCUGAAAUUUCAAAAAUAUAUGAAAAUAAAGAACAUCGUCACCCAAUUUA